AUGUUUAAGGUGUUGUUGUCGCAAAAUGUGGUUACCUGUCUCCGAUGCCAAUUUUGCUCUCCUCGUUCUCAGAAGGCCUUGACCACCUGCAUCAUUACCUAUACCUGCUUCGGCCUACAUCAAAACAGAUAUCACAGCACGACCACUCCCAGUCCCCGGACUGAAUCAAACCCUCAGCUAUACCCGGUAUUGAGCAUUAAAAAGUCCCGAUAUCAAAGACAUGUUGCGCGCUUGGAUGUGCAAACCCUUGGUGAGGUUGGGGAUGUUGUGAUACUGAAGGAGAGGGCGAGCCGCCCGAAACAAAUAACCGCACGCAAGUUUUCAAGAUUACUGGAGAAGGAAACUGAUGGUGAUGCAUCAUGGGAAAAUCCAUCUGAACUACUGAGAGAGGUGGAUAGAACAAGAUACCAAACGGGAGGUGCUAAAGAGGUUAUUGAGAACAUCGAUCAAAUCCGAUCCCACCACAAGCCUGGAGACAAGCUAAACAGGAAUGAAUGGCGUAGGCUUCGGAAAGCACUAGAGGAUGGCUUUACAGCUAAUCAGCUGUCUGACUACUACAAACAAUUUGAAUCGCUAGGUAAUCCCGCUGACCAAGAGGAGUGUUCAACGAUAUCGAGUUCGGGAUGGAGGCCCGGAACCUCUCAUUUUCUCGAAAUGGACCCUGAGGCCCAAAAACAGACCGCUUCAAGGAUUGGGAGUCUUCAAAAUAUGCCUGGGAAGGUCUCCUUGGCAGAGACCGUAUUACGAGACUGCUGGAAGCUAUCUGUUUCGGGUGAAAUAGGUCAAUUGGACAUGCACCUGACUCCACAAGAGAUCUCCAUGCUUUUAUUACCUGAUACCAGCCCUCUCUCAGACCUCGCAACCACCUAUUCCGCCAAAAUAGACGUUUCCAGGUCUUUAAACCUUGUGCGGAUCACAGCAAAUGAAACGUCUUGUGAAUUUGUUCGAAAUGGUGUCAUGGAAUAUCUCCCUAAGAUUCUCUCCAAAACUGUGGAGCUUCCGAGCAGAGGUUACAUAUUCCAUGGGAAAAAUAGACGAUUUGAAAAUCGAUUUUUCCGUUUGAUGCAAGAGUCAUUCCAUGUAUUUUGCCGUAAAGAAGGUGCAAGGGAAAUAAAGAUCUAUUUCGUACAUGAGUUGGAGAAAGAAGCGGACGAGGCAUAUAGGAAUAUCAAAUCGGCAAUAUCGAUGAUCGAAGAGGACCGAGCUCGCUUUUGUACCUACUUGCCAGACGUUGAGCCAGCAGUUAUGUACAGUGUUGCAUACCCGGAGUUCUUGACUUGGGUGGAUCGUCAGAGACGAUGGCUAAGAUGGAUGAAGCCGCUGUCCGAGUCCAAAAUACCGAGUGGAACUCAAUCAAAGCCUCCAACAGCACUCAUCCGGACAGACCAUGCGUCUGCUCUUACUAAGGUGUGCAACGAGCUAUUCAAGAAACCAGUUUCAGUUACUUGGCGCAAUCCUGGCCAACCUCAUGUCCGUGAGGUAGUUGUCGCUUCUCUUGGAAAAUCUCUAUUUUCGCAACAACAUUUGAUGAAACCAGGCAAGAUGAACUUUAAGUCACUUAGUCCUACCGUUCCUCGAGCUUUUGCUGCCAAUAUUCCCAAUCCCAUAGCGUUUCUCCAAGAUUUAACCCCCUUACUCAACAAUAAAAACGCCACUCUCCACCGGAUUCAUCUUACGCCUUCGCCUACUAACAAGUUCCGCGUCCCUCCGAUAGAAUUGGAAUUGGAAGUUUUACUACGUUUUAAAGGUAGACGUCAACUUGUUGUUCCGAUAUUACGAAAAGCAUCCAUCGUCGUUCAUAGAGUGAGCAUGGACGUAUUACUCCCAGAAACCUCUCUCGACCUUCGCUUCACGAAAUUCACGCAUUAUGACCUCCUCGAAGGGGAGGACGCAUCUACAUUGCUACAAACCUAUGGAAAAAGAGCCGACAUCUCCAGUAUCUUACAGCUCAUCCGAAGAAUGGUUUGUGAAGAUGCUUUCAGACAAACCCGCAUGCCUGUAUCCUGUCAGCUUUCAAUUCCACGAAAGCUGCUCUUUAAUCGCUCCUCUGCCACUGCAACGGACUCGCAAGCACAUGAAGUGUCUGACUUCGUAACGGGUACAUACUUGCUCCCUCCAGUGCACUACCUGAGGUCAACUCAAAUCUCCCGAUUCAACUAUAAAGAACUCGAGCUCAAUUUCUCGCAUGUACACAUGGGCCUUGCGUUGCCUGAGCAUGUGAUGAAUAUGUCUCUCUCCCUGGGUCGCGAUGAGAGUGAACUGAGACCAGAGGUUUGCCAACCGAAUACCCGUCUUUCAUCCGCCGUUGCGGAUGGUAAGUCCCACGGAUCGCUUCGGGCUGCAUUCGAGCCGUUUUACAUCCGAGCCUGCGAAAUGGCUUUUGAACAGAGCGCUGCUGCUGCUGCGAAUUACAAGGAUGAUGGGAGCUGA